AUGCAUACGCACGUGCGUACGUAUCGCGACAACGAUGAGCCUGGCUACAUCUGUCAGACGCAUGAAGCUGAAAAAGAAUUCUGCGUGGACCAGCCGAAAGCUUUAGAGGCCUUCGUAGGAGACUCCGUCACCUUCCCCUGCAGCUUUGUGUACCCAGCGAGCGAAGACAGAAUCUCAUCUGUAGAUGUCGCAGUGAAAGCAGACAGUGGACGUUUUUGUGGAAAUAAUGAGAAUGAAAUUUACAACACUGCCACAAUGUCCUCUUCCCGAGGUUAUGAAGGAAGAGUAUCUGUGAUGCUGGAUAGAGAAAACAGGAAUGCAUCAGUUACUAUACGUAACUUACAGAGUGGGGAAAGCAAAUAUUAUUGCUGCCGGAUGCAAAUCAAACUUCAGGAUGGCAACAUUGAAAUAUGGCAGCAUGCUGUAGGCACUUAUAUCAGAGUGAGAGGUGCGGAUGAGGGGAUUCUGGAGCAGCCACCGUUUAUCCCUGCUCUCGCUGGAGACACGGUGACUCUUCUCUCUCGAUUAAAAACCAAGAACAAUCCGAGUCUUAAUGUGACGGCCUGUCGUGUGCGGUGGGAUAGAGAGGACACUGGAUGUGGCAGUAACAGCUAUGACAUUAACUGCACCACGAGCCCCAAUAUUUUAUUCUCAAUCAACCACGUUAAUUCCUCCCACCAAGGCUGGUACUGCCUUUCCAUUGACUUCUCUACUGGUGAUGGGCCACGUUCUGCACAGAGAGAGACUGGAACACAACUUCUAAUUCUACAACCUGAAAAUACAUUAAAUAUCAGCCAGCCGCCAGAAGUUGUAUUCAAUAAUCCACUCAUUAUCAACUGCAGCUUUUCUGUACCAAACAAGAGAGUCAUUCUACAUUCUGCGGUCUACUGGAUGAUGGGAAACCCACGGGAGCACUUUGUGUUUCAUCCAGACCCGGACUACAUACACCCAGAUUAUAAGGGAAAGACCCAGCUGGUAGGUGACUCCGAUCUCCACUUAAAUGUGUCCAAUGUUCCAGAUAACACCACACUCUACUGUCGCGUUGUCAUAAAACGAUGUGCGUCUGGACAAGGAAAUCAGAUUGACACAAUCCUGGAGGAAGGUCCUGGAACACGUCUCAGAGUCCAUGGUAAGAAAUAAUCGUAGAAAAUACCAAAAUGUAAACUAGAACCAAACUGAUAGAUGGAAUCAAUCCAUUAAAAAAGGAAGCGUGGCUCAAUGAAUUAUAAUAAAAAA